CACCACAAGUGACAAGUAUGUGACUAAAAGCAGCGUCAAAAAGUUUUUAUUAAUAAAAGAAUUGCGAUGAAAAAAUUGUGAAAACGUAAAAGUAAAUUUAAAAUAAUUAGUUAUAUUAAUUGUAGUAAUAAUCUUUUUGUUGUUUUUAAAACAAAUUGUUGAUAAUAACGGGCUUUUAUUGAUAGUUAAAUUUACGUUGUAAACAUACAUUAUUUAGGUUAGGUUAAAGGGCACCUUUUUUAAGGUUUUAAUUUUUAUUUUAUUUUUUUUUUUUUUUUUUUACUUAUAAAAAGUUAUAUUAUUUGUUAGAUAAAACGUUGAAAUUGUUUAAAUUCGUAUAAUAAAUAAAAAAAAGAGAGUAAUUGCAUACUGCAGUUAUGUACUUCGAUUGCCGAAAUACGAUUGUUUUAUGGUGAUAAUAUGUCAAAAUCAAAUAUAAGAAAAAUAACAGUUGAGACUACGAAAUGUAAUAUUGAUACUCGACGUCCAAGUGUUUUUGAAAGAUUAGGCACUAAACCUGCAAUUGUCAGCAAUAUACAAAAUACUUCAGAUUUUUGUAGAAAUUGGGCAGUUAAUGGCAGUUGUUCAUACGGAAAAAGCUGCAAAUAUGCAAAUACCCAUACGUUAAUUAGUCCAUCAAAACGAGCGAAAAAGGAUAAUGCAACAACGAAUGCUUCGUUGCUUAAUGAGGAUCCAUUUAAACGAUUAACGUCUAAACUUGUGAAAAAAGCAUCGCACAGUCCUGAUUUAAAUUUAGAAGAUUGGAAUCAAACGGAUCUUGAAUACGAGGACGAGAAGGUUUUAGAGAGACGUCGACAACUUUUGCAAAGGGAAUUAGAAAUCCAAAUGAAGAAAGACAAGGAGGUGCAUGGAAAGGAAAAGACGAAAACAAAGAAGAAAAUUAUGAGCUCGUCAUCGAGUUCUCGUAGUUCGAGUUCAUCAAGUAGUAGCAGUAGUUCAAGCAGUGACGAUUCAUCAUCAACAUCGACAUCCGAUUCACGUAAAAAGGUCAAGAAACUUAAGAAAAUCAAACAUCAUAGCGCAUCACCCGAUUAUAAUGACGACAAGGAUCGAAAAAAGAAAUUAAAACUAAAACGACUAGGGCAAAAAAAUGAAAAAUUAAUAACAAAAAAGAAGCAACGUAAAAUUGAAGUUGCAAAAAAAGAUGAAAAAUCAACAAAAAAAGUGAAUUCAGUACCAAAUUCAGUGCGUAAACAUUCAGUACCAAGGACAAAAUCACCAGUGCCAAUUUCAUCGAAUAAUAGUAAAUCAUCGAAAGAAAAAAAUCGCAGUGAAUCACCACCUAAAGUAAAAGUAAAAGAAACAGAAAGAGAUAAACAUAAAAAAAUACGCGCUGAUGAAAUUGUCAUUAAGGAAACAGGAAAAAAUAAAUCAUCACAAGAGAAGCCAAAAGAAUUAGAAAAGAAUAUAAAUAAAAAUCGUUUAGAGGAGAAAAUUGGUAAAAUUGAUGAUAAAACAAAACGUCGUUCAAAGGAACGUGAAAAACGUUCACGUACACCACCAUUGGAUCGUUUGAAAAUAAAAUCUUCAUCAUCAUCAAAAAGAAGUAGAACACCAGAGAAAAUAAUGAAAAAACAAGAUCAUAAUACACCGUCCAAACAGAGUUCAAGUCGUUUGCGUGAUUUAGAUAAAAAAGAACGUGAUUUUGAUAAAAAUUCUUACAAUAAACGUGAAAGAAGUAAAGAACGUGAGGAGUCGAGAAAAAAUGAAAAAUCACGACCAUCAAGUAGUCAGGAUGAUCAAACACAUCGUAAAAAUAUUAAUUUUGAUGAUAAAAAUUGUCCCCGUCAACGUAGUAAGGAACGUAGGGAUAAAGAUUCAAGAAAUGAACAUUCACGAAUGAAUCGCGAUCAAAGGGAUAAGGAUCGUGAUGAUAUACAAGAACGUCGUGAUCGUCAACGUGAACGUGAACGCGAUAAGGAGAUAACAAAAAUUCGUGAACGUGAAAUUCCAUCAUUAAUGGCAACAACGGCAUUAAAUCCUUUGGAUAAAAGUGGUUCAAGUCAACGUUAUCGUCGCAGUAAGGAUCGUAAUAUCGAUAAUAAAGGACAAUUACGUUCGCGUAAUGAUCAACAAAAACUUGUUGAACGCGAUAGAAGUUCACAGCGUUAUGAAGGAAGAUUUGAUAAAGAUUUACAUAAGCUAAUGGAUCGUUUUCCACGUGAUGAGAAAAAUGUUAUUAUUGAACGUGAUCAAAUUUAUGAAAGAGAUCGUCAUAGACGAUUUAAUUCACGUUUUGAACGUGGACAUCCACAGGAGCAUAAAGUUGAUCAGCAUCUACCAUUGAAAAUAGAUCGACGCGAUAGUCCUCGUGGUAAUAUGGAAAUGGAGAGAAAUUUUGAUAGGAAUUAUUCACGUUUACCACCUGAGCAUUGGAAUGAAGAUGAUGAUCAGGGAUCGCAUAUGGAUUAUCAUCAUCAAGAGGAUGAUAAUCGAAGGAAAAAUGUUGAAACAAGACGUUAUAGUCCAUUUAAUGAACGACGUGGAAGAGAAGAAAGGGGACAACGUUAUGGAAUACAAAAUGAAAGACAAUUUGAUGAUAUUCAUCAUUAUCAAAGUGAUAAAAUGCGCGUUAGAGAUGAAAGUAGCAAUGAUAAUUGGGAUGUUCAUCACGAUAUUGAACAUCGUGAUCGUAAUUAUCAAAGUAAUAAUGAUUGGGAGGAGAGAGAAUGGCGUUGUGGAAGAGGAAUGUGGGAAAGAGAGAGUCUACCACGUUCUGAUGCACACGAAGAGGAAUGGUCAUCGCGUUACGAUAGUCCAAUGUCAGAUUGGAAAAUAAAUGAAACAAGAAAAUGGGAUAAUCAACCACCGCCAAUGCAACAUAUGAGUCGUGGUUCUUAUCGUAAUGAUAGAAUGAAAGAAAUUGAUGCUGGUGAAUCGAAUCAUGGUAAAAGAAGAAAUUAUAAUACAACAACUGAGAUACGUGAUGAGAUACCUGUUCAUUUAACAAAACAGGGUGCAUUACAUAAUAGUAUGAAAGAUGAGCCAAUUAAUAAGAAAUUAAUGGAAUUGGCUGAGGGUAGACCGAGGAGAAGUCGUGAAAAAUCGUCGGAUAGUUUUCAAAAAAAAAUGUCACCAAAGGAGAAAAUUGAAGUCAAUAAGGAAACAUUAAUUUUACCACCUGAAGUAAAACGUGUCAAUAUCGAGGAAUCAUUGCAAACAUUACACACUGAAAGUGAUCUCAGUGAUAUAAGCGAUGAUCCGGAUGAUAUUCUCAAUAUGGAUGAUGAGGUAAUUGAGAAGGUAACAAAGAAAUGUAUUGAACCUGUCGAUCAAGAUUCUUCUUCAAAUCAAAAUCAAGAUGUUUCUCAAGCGCCUACUAAACAAUCAGCAGAAAAUACUAUUUUCUCAAAGGAAAAAGACACUUCCGAAACAAUUCCCUAUAGCAAUAAAAAUAUUGAAGAUGAGAGUAUGGAGACAAUGGACUUUGAAGAAAUAUCGGACGGUGAAUUGGAGGAGGAUAUUAAAACAAGUGGAAAAGGUUUGGGAGAUGCAUUGGGAGUUGAUUGGGCAAGUCUUGUCAAUGAAUCGCAACCACGACGUUCUCAAAAUCAAGACGUAACACAAAAUCGUUGGCAAUGUAAAGCUGUUUUUCAACGAAUUGGCAUUUCCGUUAAAGCCGCUGGCAAUGAAUUAGUGGAGAAAUUUAUCAAAAAAUAUGGAGAUACUGAAAACGAAAAACUUUUUAUGGACGACAUCGCUUUAAUGCACACAGCUUUAGUGAGAAAACAUCUUUUUGAUAAUUCCACGUAUGGAUUAUUGUCCGGUGACGAUUUACUCUACAGUAGCAAAUGUGAGCGAAAGGAAGAAAAUCCAGAGGAUUUGAAACCGUGUACAAAUUUGUACGAAGAGGCAAAAAUGCUUUUACAACAAGCUGCGUAACGGCAAACGUCAAUUCACGUUUCUUCAAUGCACUAAAAAAGUUUGGAGUUCUUUUUUUUUUUGUCGAUUUUUGCUCACUGUUGAAACGUUAUUUAUAUAAAUAUAUAUACAUAACACUUUAAUCAAAGACAGUUAAAUGCUCAGGUGAGAAUGAAUUGCUGCUUAAUAAUUAUUAUUUUACAAAUUUAAAAUAUAAGUAGACAAGUAAAUAAGUGUCGCUAUACAUUGCUUUUAAUUUACACUAAUAAAAAUUAAAA